CUGCUGACAAAUGUGGAAUGAUGAUGGAAUGAUUACUCUGCCCAAUUGUCUCACAGCCUGUCCACACACAUGACCAGUUAGUAUGUACUGUAUAUGUGGGCGGACUGACAACUCAUGGGGCCCCCGGGCAAUAGGGGAUCAUGGUGCCCCUGUGUCCUUGCCCAAACUCAAAAAAGCCUAUGAAAAAGGUACCAGGGGCAUCUCAUGGGGCCUCCUACUGACCCCGGGCCCUCGGGCAGUGCCGAGUUUCCAAAUGGUCAGUCCGCCCCUACACCUGUUUCUUUUAGACCCAAUUCACACAGGUGUAAAAUGAUGUGCU